AAAACAUGUCAUCUAGUGAUGUGGCUGGGUGAUAGAAGAUGGAUCGGGUUAGGGACAUACCCGCCGAAGAGGGUCUGUGCGUGGUUGAUGUUCUCCUUACAUAAGGCUGUGCCAUUGCACUAGUGGCAGUAUCCGACCGAGAGCACUGCAGUGAUUUUUCUUAGACAGCUAGCCAUGGAACUGACAAUUGGCGAUAUUACUUUCAUCCAGGUCCUCAAAGAAUCCGACUCCUCUACUAUUUUUCAAGUGACCGUUCAAGGGAAACUAUGUGUUCUUAAGGUGUACCACAGCGCAAAGAGAUCUUACGCCGACCCUCCUAACCGUGAAAUCGAUCCCUUCAUCUGUGAGAGUACUGCGUAUCAUCGUCUAAAAGAGUAUGGAUUAUGUCGACAAGGAGUGGUACCAGACUUCUACGGUGUGAUAAAAGGGAUCAAUCCAAUAUCGUGCCAACCCUUUUUGAAGCGGUUUUUGAAGGACGAGCUCUUCCCCAAUGCCAUCCUUAUUGAAUAUAUUCCGGACUUGCAUGAAAUAGAUCUUUCAACAUUUUCAGACUACCGCAUAGCCACACUUCGUACAAUUCUGGAGAGCAUCCAUGGAGUGGGAAUCUAUCACGGCGACCCCUACCCUCGAAAUAUGAUGGUCCAGAAAUACACAAAAAGGGUUCUCUGGAUCGAUUUUGAUCAUGCACAGACAUUCUCAGAACAUAAAUGGAACUCUCAGUGGAUAGAGGAUGAAAAAGAAAUGGUUAAUGAGUUUUUUGACGCCCUAACAGAAGAUUAUAAUGAUGGCAAGAUAUCGCGCACCUGGCCUUAUUACUACACAUAUUUAUGAACUCGCUUCAAAUUAUAGAGUGGCUACAAAAUGAGUUCUCUAUGAGUGGAAAUUGCAUCUCAGUGACUGUAUGGAGAAGCAGAAAUGACGAUGGUCUUGGAGAUUGGUCUAGUAGUUAUUAUAUUUCCUGUGGUGACUUUUGGCCGUUAGGGUCGUUUAUGACUUCUAUAUACCCGACCUCGCAGCGAUCAUAUCCAACUCUUCUCCGGCAGACUUCAUAUUGCAGGGCAGUUUUUCCGCCCUUCGUAUACUCGGACUAGAGGAAGCCCAACUCAUUCGAUAAACGGUUAUCAUAGCCUUUUUCAGAGCAGCAUCGCCCUCAUAAUCAGAGCCCAAUAUUCACUCACAACGGUUGCUAUCGCUUGCUGUACUUUUCGAGUAGUAUAGAAGAUUGUCACGAGUGUAUCUUAUAGGAAAUGCUGUGCCCAGACGGAACGUACUAGCAUAC